UAAAUAUUAAUUUCGUUUAACGGUCUUUUUGUGUUAAAACAAGAUGGCGACGUGUGCGAUGCGCACGGGAUGGCUUGCAUCGGUAGGAACGUCGAAAUACUCAUCAAUCUGCCCAAAAAUCUUGCAAAGUGCUCUUGUCUACCCCAAUGUUCUGAACUCAACUACUAUUCUCACACAAAAAAGGUCCUUGUUCGUGUUACCGAUCGGUCUUGAUGUUGGGAUACUAGGAGUCACGGCAUAUUUUAUAACAAGGUUAAAGAAAGCAGACCCUAGUAAUGUGGCACAGAUAUUUGGUCCUGAUCCUUGGAGUAAGGAAAGUGAAUUACAUCCUGAGAAAGUUGUGAAAUGUAUCGCUCAUAGAGGGGCAAGUUUAGAUGCUCCAGAGAAUACUAUGCAGGCUUUUAAAUACUGCGUUGACAGAGACUGUAACUUUGUGGAGCUUGAUGUUCGAUCAUCUCGGGAUGGUCACUUGGUGCUUCUGCAUGAUGAAGGAUUGGGUCGACUGACGGGUACAGAGAUCAACAAUGUUCAUGUCAUGGAUUGGGAUGAAAUCAAAAAUAUUGAUAUAGGAGCUAAUCAUCCUAACAGGCAACAGUUUAAAGAGGUGCACCUCUGUCUGUUGGAUGACGCACUCAAAUAUCUACUGGCUAAUGAUGUAAGAGUCAUAAUUGAUGUCAAAGGUGAAGACAAGGAGGUAGUGGAUGGUAUUGUGAAGGCGUUUUCUGACCAACCAAAUCUACAUCAACGUGCAGUGGUUACAAGCUUCAAUCCUUUUGUUUUAUAUAGGAUUAGGCACAAAGACCCUAAGAUUGUAGGCGCAAUGAGCUAUCGUCCGUAUUGCUUCAGCUCACAGGACUAUGACGCUGAGAACGGACCCAGUAAUCCUAGGUUCGGUGGCAACCUGCUAGUGCAAGGUGUUCUGCGGCUUGCGGAUUGGGUACACGCGCGAGCGUGGCGGCUCUGUGCUCGCUGGUGCGGGGUCAGCGCUGUGCUGCUGCACAAGGAUAUUGUACACCCUAGCGAGGUGCAGUACUGGAGGUCGCGCGGCGUGCGCUGCGCCGGCUGGUCGGUCAACCGGCCGCUGGAGAAGCUGUACUGGCGCGGAGUUCUGCGCGCCCCGUACCUCGCCAGCACGCUGCUGGGGGAGCCUGAAGUAGAUGAUCAAAGGCGUGUCGAAAAGCGAACAAUUAAAGAGGUUGAAUAAUACGAUCCUAAACUUAAAUUGUAUGUGAAAUGUUUUUUGAAAAGAUUUUGUGUGUAAACGU